AUGUCGUUUCACAAUCAAUCUGAGAUGCAAAUACUAUUAAAGCCAAGUGAUACUGUCGUCAUGCUAGCAAAGCUUCAACUAGUUAUCAAUCAUUCUGCGCCAGUGUUUCUUAUUUUCGGUACUUUUGGGUUUCUUGGCAAUUGUUUUACAUUUCUCCACCCGAUAAUUCGUACGAAUACUUGCUCAAUUUACUUAUUAUGCGGCACAAUCAGUGAUGAACUCGACCUUCUUCUUAAUCUCCUACCAAAUUAUCUUACUCUCUUUGGCUAUACCAUUCCGUAUGUGGCAACAUCAUCUUCAAUGUGUAAAUUUGUUAUGUUUAUUCAUACAUUUCUACCUCAACUGUCAGUUAGCUUCUUAAUUCUCGCUCUGAUUGAUCGAUUUGCUUGUUCAUGUGAUUUAACAUCCAAAUGGCGUCAAAUCAAUAGCCUAAAAAUAGUUCCUUGGAUGAUUGGAUUAACAAUACUCUAUAGCCUACUUAUCGGCAUUCAAGCAAUAUUUUUCUAUGAUGUUACUCCACCGUUUGCAUUAUACUGUAUACCUACACAAUCGUUUUUGUGUAGUGUGCUGUACAUUAUAACGAGCACAUGUGUUCAAGUGUCGCUUCUCUCACUUUUUGUGUUACUCAUCUUUCGAAAUGUGACGCGUAGUCGAAAGCGGGUGAAUGUUGCAGCAUCUGGUCGAAUGAAUCGGCAGUUUAUUCGUACAACCGUUGUGCAGGUGUUUGUAACUAGUUUCUUAUCAAUUCAGUGGAUAGUACUCUAUUCUUUCGUCAUUAUCAAUAGAGAAGAUAGUUUCAAUGUGUCUUGGGAACGAAUCUCGAUCAUUAACUUCAUAUUUACUUUAGGUUAUCACGUAUUCUAUAUUAAUAGCGUUAAAUCUUUCUAUGUGAGCACUUUAUCCUCAGCGUUAUAUCGCAAAACUUUCCGAAUGGCAAUCAAAAAAGCUUUUACCAUAAAAUACGGUGAUCAGUGA